CGCCGCCGCCGAGCUGCUGCUGCCUCGAGACCGAGGCAGUGUUUCGCAGCCUAGUGUGUGCUUGUAAUAGCAUCAUAUUCGCACCCAUGCAGAAAAGCGGGCGCCGCUGCAACUGGUCAGUUGCGGACUCGCUGCAGCAACAGCAGAAGCUGCGUUGAAAAAAAAAUAGAAAAGGUGUUUAACAGUCGAACUCGAGCGCUCGAAUUGUCAAGACUGUGAUCGGUUUUCAUACAUUAUAAGCGUGAAACAAUUGCCACUGUGCUGCUGUGUUGCUGCUGCUGUUUCAUGCUGCAGCUGAGUGUCUAAAUAGCUCCAAACGCUAUUCAAACGCGCAUCAAUUUUCUCAGCUGCUGCUUGAUCCUCGCCUGAUCUGCUGCUAGCAUACAGUGCGUUCUCCUCCCUCUACCGUUAUCUGCCAGCUGCUCUCUCGUGUUCAGUGUUGCUGCUGCCUGCCUGCCCUCUUCUGACAAACGCCCCUGCUGUGGUCGUCUGGUAUUGUAUACGCAGGAUGCAGCAGCAGUGAGCCUCGUCGUAAGACCGAAACAGUCUGCGAUCGGUGCCCCGAGACAGCUAGCCUAUCUCCAUAUAUCCGCGCACGGAGCAGGCAUCAUGACAAGACCGACGUUUACGACCACAAAGCAUCAUCGUCGUCGUUGUACUACUACUACGUGCGUAGUCGAGCGUCGUGAUUCUCUCAUCGAUCAGCGCCCGUUAUAGCGCCGAUAUAUAUUUCGCAUACAUGCGCCUUGUUACUAACUUAUAAGUGUUUGUUGAGAAAAAAAUCUCCGUUUUAUACGUUCAGUGCCGUGCGUUUUGUAUAUCUUCAUGUUUUUUUGUGCAACGAAUGCAAGUAGUGCUCGCAGUAGAAGAAGGGAGAAGAUGAACUGAAGAGGAAGAGGCGAGGAAAAAAAGAAGAAGCAACGAGUCGAGAAAUCGACUGCAUUCAUCGUCAGCGUCGGCAUCGGCAUCGUUCUUCAAAGCGACACAAUGGCCGAGGACGACAGCACCGAGUGGCUCCAAGAUCUGCUGAGCGACGUCCAGCUGUCGCAGUUCUUCACCCGUAUCAGGGACGAUCUGCAGGUGACCCGGAUCCAGCACUUCGACUACGUGCAGCCCGAGGAUCUGGAGAAGAUCGGCAUGGGCAAGCCCGGCGUGCGCCGACUGCUCGAGGCCGUGAAGAAGAAGCGCGCCGGCCAGUGGAAGAAGAACAUCAUCGAGCGCAUCAGGCCCGACAAGAGUAAGACCAACAAGCGCGACUCGAAGAAUUCCUCCACGAGCGGUAGCAGCAGCAACGGCGCUAAAAACCCCAUGGCCCUGACGUGCCUCAUCGCCGAGAAGGACGUGACGCUGUCGGUGAAGCUGGGCGACGGCAGCUUCGGUGUGGUGCGGCGCGGCGAGUGGAACUCGCCCAUAACCGGCCGAACCCUGCCCGUGGCCGUCAAGGUGCUCAAGGCCGACGCUCUCAUGCAGCCCAGCGUCAUCGAGGAUUUCGUCUCGGAGGUCCAGAGCAUGCACAGCCUCGAUCAUCACAAUCUCAUCAGAUUAUACGGAGUCGUGUUGUCGGCGCCUAUGAUGAUGGUGACCGAGCUGGCACCUCUGGGCUCGCUCAUCGAUUACCUGCGCAAGCAGUGCGGCAACAUGUCCGUCCUCAAGCUCAGCGAUUACGCGCUCCAAGUGGCCACCGGCAUGGCCUACCUCGAGGACAAGCACAUCCUGCAUCGCGACCUGGCCUGCCGCAACAUACUCCUCAGCAGCCUCGACAAGAUCAAGAUCUGCGACUUCGGCCUCAUGCGCGCCCUCUCCAAGGAGGAGGACUGCUACGUCAUGACGGAGCACAAGAAGGUGCCGUUCCCCUGGUGCGCCCCGGAGUCCCUGAAAUCCCGACAGUUCAGUCACGCCUCGGACGUCUGGAUGUUCGGCGUGUCCAUCUGGGAGAUGUUCACCUUCGGCGAGGAGCCCUGGCUGGGCCUCAACGGCUCGGAGAUACUCAAGAAGAUCGACCGCGAGGGCGAGCGGCUGCACGAGCCCGAGGCCAGCACGCCGGCCAUGUUCCAGCUGAUGAUGCGCUGCUGGGCUCGCGAGCCCUGCGAGAGGCCGAGCUUCGCCGAGCUCAAGGAGGCCCUCACCAGCAUGGUGCCGCCCGUCAUGAAGGCCCUGAGCCGCUUCGAGGAGCCGGAGAGGCUGCAAAUCGACCAAGGCGACCAGAUCGCCAUAAUCGACGGUCGGCCCGAGCACUACUGGUGGAAGGGCCAGAAUCAGCGCACCUAUCACGUGGGCGUGUUCCCGCGCUGCCUCGUCGAUCCCAUGCGCAGGAAGCAGGCCGAGGACAUCAGCCGACCGCUGGAGAACUCGUUCAUUCACACGGGACACGGCGCCCCCUUCGGCAAGAGCUGGGGCAGUCCCAUCUACAUCGACGACGUGUACCUGAGAAAUCCCAUGGAUCCGCCGGACGUGGUGGGAUGCGUCGCCGACAGCGCACUGAAAAUGGUGCCCGGGGUUCAGUCGCAGAGGCAGCGAAAACAGUACAACUAUACGAAAUUGCAGAAUGACUUGCGCGGAAGCCCCGUCAAGGUGCCCAAUGCGCCCGUGCAACAACCAUCUUUUGUGUCCCAAAAGAACGCAAACAAUACUUAUAAGAACAUAAUGAUGACAAUUGCAAUCAAUAAAUUUCGGCAAGAUAGAGUGCAAGUUCCAAGUAAUCAAGAGGGCACGCUCAUCGAUCUAUCUCCCGAAGAAAUUGAAUCGAGAAACAACGCGGCCUCUUCGAACAAUCGUGAAUUAGCCGCAGCCUACUGGUCGCAACAACCGCUCGAUCCGCGAAGUUACGCCAACUGCCCAAACGACGCGUCGAACGAUGCACCCGAUCCAUUCGAUACCUCUCGCGUGUUUUCUAAUAUUCCACAGUCGAGGUACUACAGUCCCGUUUCGAUGGAUUUGCCGUCGAAUACUGGCGCAUACUACCAAGUUACACCCGAUAUGCCUGGGUCUCAGCUCACAGUACUGCCGCUUCCGCAGCCAGUUGCACAACAAUACGAUAAUCUACAAAUGUCCCUACCGCCAGCUGUCAAUAUUCCAUCGGAAAUUCAAAAAGUUUUGAAUCUCAACAAGGAAUUGCGCAGUGAAAACACAAAUCUGAACGUAAAUCUGCCUGAAAGUAAUGGAUAUGGGCAUUAUAACGACGUAGAAAAAAAUAAUACAUUGCACGCGAAUUCGCCGGUAAUACACGAUCAAGAGUGGCCCGACGAUUUAACUCGGAACGAUUUGGGAGCAGUGGCGCCGGUAGCGCCUGCAGCAGCAACGUAUGCCAACGUUGUCAGUCGUAAUUUGCACAUGCAAGAAAUGUCGACUCCACCACCUCCACCUACUCCACCUUCAAUAACCCCAGAAGAGAGUCCGAAAAAAUUACCUCUGAUGAAGAAUAACGUUGACGUAGUCCAAAGUAUGAACGAUCUGACGAUUGCUACACCGCAGGAAAAUUCGACGAAAAAACUAGACCCGGCGUUCCUCGCAGAACUAGAAAAACAUUUGGGUGAAAAAGAAGCAAAUAAAAAUAGUAAUGUUAAUCACCGGACACCGCAACAUGUCGCGACAGUUGCUAUGGCUGCUGACAAUACUGUAAUACCGAUGUUGAAACCACCUCCACCGUCAAUUAAGCCCAAAUCACCCAAUACGGAUUUGCAACAACAGCAACCGCAGCAGCAGCAAAAUUUCAACUUUCCUCCUACUAAAGUGCAAAACACUUGGCAGCCACUUCAACCUUCGAUAGUACAGCCUAAAAACAGCAAUGUGCAAUUAAGACCAAGAAGUCAAGGGAGUGACGAGCGGCACUCAGAGCCUAACAGCCUCGAUACAGUUUCCCUGCAGCAAUUUCCAAGUUUGCCAACUGCCACCACUAUGAGAAGUACUACACCAAGCAAUUCAUCCGUUGUACCUAGACCAGCAUCUAUAGCCGGUUCAGUACUGAACGAGCAAGUUUACGCUGAGCUUAGACGUACGGUGCCUAAUUUAGAACAGUUAUCGCAAAACGAGUUCAACACAUUGUACAAUAAGGCAAUCCGGGAAAACAUUCUCAGUACUUAUAGAGCCAACAGUACUGCCUUAGCUAGUGCAGCUUGUAACAGUAUGCAUAUGAAAUCGAGCAGUACCAUGAAUCCAUCUCAGUCGACUAUGAAUGCUGCCGCUGCAGCUUCGAUCUUGCAACAGCAACAACGUCAAACUCUUCCUCGUGAAUUUAGUCCUAGUCGUAAACAACCGCCGUCAUAUAACCCACCACCUCCUUUCUCACCGAUGAAACCCAUUCAAAAUGGAACAGCUCAUCAAAAAAUUAAUGUCGAUCAAAAUACAAAUACUGGGAGUCUCAUGAAUUUCACCCCGACGAGGCCAGUUAAUCAGUCGUCUCCGGUAACUAAUUCGAAUUUAGCUCGAAAUCUAUUGCCGCAGAUGAACGAUUCGAAACUCCAGCAGCAUCAGCUGGUCCCAGCGCCUUCUACUUAUCCAGGAGGAGCUAGUCCACCGCUUACCGGUGCUUCGCAGCAACUGGUGAUGUCGCUUAAUGACGAAUUCCGAGCCAGCAAAGUAAUGAAAGUACAACAAGAGGCACAGGAUGCCUCGCAACAAGAAGCUUUGGCUGCUCUGCAAGCUACCGGAUGGGAUACUGCGGAAGCAGCUAGACAAAUCGGCCGUGAUAGAUUGGCCAAAAUUGAAACUCUUGUUAGGCUUGGACUUGCCACCAAACAGCAAUGUGAAUUAGCUUUAAAAAGAGCUAAAUUUGACGUGGAUCAAGCUGCAUCUUUACUACUAGAUCACGUCAGAUAAAUUGGCAUGUUGUCAAUAUAAGUAACAUUUAUUUAAGAUUAGAUACAAAGACUUUGAAGUAUAAAUUAGGUAGUACAAUUAUAUAUGAGCGUGAUAUGCGCUAUAAAAACGAAAAAAUCACCAAAUAUAUAGAUGUAAUGUCAAGCUCGAAUCAAGCUCGAAUAUAAUGAUUGAACAUAUUAAUGUUUAAAAUAACUAAGAAAGCAUAGGACUGGUCAAAUGCUUGAUUAUAGACUUACUUUACUGCCUUAGUUUGCAAAAAUUGUGUAAAUAAAAAAUUUCAAAAUGUGAAUUCGGAAUCAAAGUUAUUACUAGAAGAAUAUAACUUGAUGAAAGUCGAAUUCAAGA